CAGGAAACUUCAGUCGAGGAAGUGGAUUGAAGAGGCAACUUCAGCUGCAGAGAGGAGUUCGAUGUUUAUUCCACGCUCACAAAGGAUUAAAUAACCGGGAGUAUUUUAAAAACAUGUCGCAUUUUGAUGACAACCCAUUUGCCGAGCCCGCUGGUGUCAACCCUUUCAAUGACCCAGCUGUCACUCAGGUGACAAACUCCAGCAUAGAACCAAUUGAGCAGUACAACCCUUUCCCUGCCACAAGCCUGGCAAGUCAGACCACUCCAGCCUCUACCCAGCCCUACCAGCCGGCAGUGUUACAGCCUUCUACAGAGCCCAGUCCACAGGCGGCUGCUGCUGCAGCGCAGACCAACCUGCUGAGGCAGCAGGAGGAGCUGGAGAGGAAAGCUGCUGAGCUGGACCGCAGAGAGCAGGCGCUCCAGAAUCGAGGCACAGGGAAAGAAAACAACUGGCCUCCGCUCCCCAAAAGUUUUCCCAUCAAGCCGUGUUUUUAUCAAGACUUCUCAGAGGAGAUCCCCACCGAGUACCAGAGAGUGUGCAAGAUGAUGUACUACCUCUGGAUGUUCAACUGUGUGGCACUCUUCCUCAACAUGCUGGCAUGUCUAGCUGUCUUCAUUGCGGCUCUUUCUAACGGUACGGAUUUUGGCCUCUCCAUCCUCUGGCUCAUCCUCUUCGCUCCCUGCUCCUUCCUCUGCUGGUACCGGCCCGUCUACAAGGCCUUCAAGACUGACAGCUCCUUCAGCUUCUUCUUCUUCUUCUUUGUCUUUUUCUGCCAAGUGGUUAUCUUCAUCAUCCAGUCUGUGGGCAUCCCCAAGUGGGGAAACAGUGGUUGGAUCGCCGCCUUCUCGGUCAUCAGCAGCAACAAGGCAGUGGGCGCCAUCGUGAUUAUUGUGGCUAUCCUUUUCACCAUCUGUGCCGUGAUAUCUGUCAUCCUCCUCAAGAUGGUUCACAGCAUGUACCGCCGGACUGGGGCCAGCUUCCAGAAAGCCCAGCAGGAGUUCUCUCAAGGCAUCUUCACCAACAAAACAUUCCAAACUGCCGCAGCCGGUGCGGCAUCCUCCGCGGCCCAGGGAGCAUUCCAGGGAAACAACUAGCCGCGCUCUGCUGCUAAGUUAAUAGAACAGGUCAAGGUCUGCAAAUCAUCAGGUGAGGGUUGAUUAAGUGAGAAAAGUAGAAGAUGGGAGAUAUUCUGGCUUCAGUUAAAAAUCCAACCUUAUAAUAUGUUGACCUUGAGCAAGAUGAGGCUGCACUCAUAGACACCAACCCUUCCCCCUGCACCCCAACCAUUAUUUUGAAGCGAAAGAACCACACCAGGUGCAUUGUGGGUGGACAGAGAUGUUGACUGAUGAUAUCACUUCGUCUUGGCUUUGUAUAUUUUGUGUGCACAUUUUGGCGAUGCUACCUUCAGUGUACCGUGUGAGUACAAGUGUGCGUGCAGGUGUGUGUGGCGUGUUUUUUUUUCUCAUAAGUGUGACCAAGCCCGUUUCUUCUUUGUGUCAUUGAUCGGCCAUUUAAAAAGUCCUCAUUGCUUCACAUAUUCAAGUCUAAUGGAGAAGAACUAUAAUACAGAAAUUCUUAUACUGUCAUUUCAAAUUGACCUUGCCUUAUAAGUUGUACAAAACAGCAAAUGUCAUAUUUAAGUGAUAAAUAUCCCUCAAACCUUCAAGAUAAGCCAAAACACACUGCAUUACUUUAAAAUGGCUUGCUAUCAUUUGAAGUUGUUGGCUUAAAAUCAUAACAAAAAUGCAUGGAGAAAACAUUCAAUAUUACUUGUAGAAGCUCAAUUUGAUGUACCUUUUGCAUUUUCACUCUCCAUUUACAAUUCUAAAAAUAACACUUUGUCAAUGGAUAUAUAUUUUCUACAGUAUUCGGUUUCUCACUGACAAAUGUAUAUCAUGAGAUGUAUCACAUGUGAUUGUAUUUUAACCAGAAUUCAAAGACAGUUCAAUUAAUGAACGUAAAAGUUACAAAAAUGUAAAUCCAGCAUCCAGAUUGUUAAACAAUAUCUUUUUGCCUUAAUUCAUACUGUCUUGGAGAACAGACGUCAGUGCCUUUGUUGUGAAAGAUUUACUGUAGCAUCUAAUAAUAAAAUGCUUGCCUUUCAA